GCAUAGCAAGCUGCGUUGAUAACAUGGUUGAAAUGAGGCUUGCUGCAUGCUGAGUGAGAUACAUACGUUGAAUCUCGAAUAAUUUUGUUUCUUAGAAGAGAACGUGUGGCUGAUAAAACGGCAUAUUUCUUUCUUAAGCCUACACUCUUACGUUUUGGCCAAGUGGCUUGAUAAAAUCGAUUCUUGAUCAAUUGUAAUAACCAAAUUACCGUUGGGUGUUCAUCGCUUGCUAAGUAAGACAUUGCUCGACUGCACACAACAACAACACUGAACACACGGUCGACACUGCACUGCUGCACAGCAAGAGCCAACUUCCCUGCAACGUCGGGGACUCAAUUCGCCGUGCCGGUGUGAAGAAGGAAGACCGGAGCCGGAGGGCGGAACGUGGCUUUCACCGAAAAUAUCUGUUGUCCGUCCUCAUAUCUUGUAAAUUCGAAUAGUCGUCUGUUGUUGGAAUGGGUACUUCCCAGAACAAUUCUUUCGAAGAUAUUGCCAAGGCCUCAGUGAUCACCGAGCUUGAGACACCGGUCCAGCGUGAAGUCUUACCUUCGUUUCAUACCACAAGGUCUGCUCCUGAGACGUGGGACGUGGCCUUUGCGCCAGAUCACUCCUACUUUGCCUGGUCUUGCGGCAACCGUAUUGUCAAACUCGUCCCAUGGGACAAGGAAAAUCACAAUAUCUACAGUGACAAUGACCAGAACAACAAUGCUAAUGAUCACUUGGUAAACCGUACCACUCAACGAAAUGUCAUCACAAUAACCUGCAAAGAUCUCGUCUGGUCAAUUACGUUUGGUACCUCUGUCCCUGAUAAGAAGUCGAGUCGAUGCAGCCUUUCGUACCGCCUCUUUGGCUUCCCGGAGAAGCUUGACAAUGCAGUCAUUCUGGCCAUAGGUCUCAAGAAUGGACAGAUCAAGACAUAUAAUGUCAGAAGUGGGGAACAUGUCCUCCUUGUAGACCACAGGAGCGUUGUUCGGGAUAUCAAGUUCAACCCCGAUGGGAGCCUGUUUCUUGUGUCCGCAAGCCAGGACGGCACCCUAAAGGUAUGGGACAUGAAGGACGAUGGCAACAUGGUGGUUACGCUCAAGGGACAUCCCAAGGCUGUGUAUGGCUGUGCCAUCUCACCAGAUAGCUCCAUGCUGGCUUCGGUUGGAGAGCAGAGAUCGGUGAUCGUGUGGGACUUCCACAAGUACAAGCUCCUGCGAAGACUGCAUGGUCAUCACAACAUGGUGAUGUCCUGUGAGUUCUCUGCGGAUGGAGCUAUUCUAGCAACCGCAUCCUAUGAUACCAGGGUCAUUCUUUGGGACCCUCAUACAGGACAGACUCUUAUUCAGUUCAGUCAUGUGUACCCUGCAUUGAGUCCGAUGUUUGCUGGAGGUUCCAAUGAUCACUACGUGAGGGAUAUCUCGUUCUCUCCAUCAGGUUUACACUUUGCUUCAGUGUGUGAUGAUAAUAUGCUACGAGUGUGGUCUAUCUCCAACAACAAGAAACCCAUUCUAGUCUCAUCAAUCCAUGAGCCAUUGAGCUGUGCAUUCAAUCCUGAUGGCACUGUAUUAGCAGCUGGGACGAGGUCUGGAUCAGUGCAGUUUGUAGCCGUCCAACAGGACCUGCUGCCUCUAAGGCACCUCUGCAGAAUGUCCCUACGUCGCACCUUCCCUAACUGGAAUGAAUUAAAUCCCCACAACAUCCCUGCCAUGCUUCAUAGAUACAUUGGUUACAGGGAGGUACCGAUGGAGGUCGGUUCUUGCAAUACCUAAUGGACAGACAGGCUGAAACCGAUAGGACAUUCUUGAGGAUGGAGAUGGAGUUCUGAUGUCAAAGGACAAAAAGUGGAUUGUUGCAAUGUGUGUGGCCAAGUAACACUGGUUCAAGAAGAGCAGUUUAACAUAUUAAUGAGACGGUGCUUAUAUCUUAUCUAGACUGGACAGCGUUCAAGAAGGUUCAAGGAAUACAUCUGGUAAUAGAAGCGGUGCACUUAUCAAACACAUGAUAUCCAUAAUAACACCUAAUGGCUUUCUGAGAUGUAAUAUAGGAAUGUGUUUGCCAGAAAGAACCUUACUAUUGCCAAGCAAAACAAGCAAGUCAUCAUUUCAUCGAUGUUCAUUGAAAGAAUUUGGUCUAUUUAACUGGUGAAUACAAUGAUUAACCUGUAUAAAACUAGAUGAUAUUCCAACCUAAAGUGAACCCUAGCAAACACAUGCAAUCCACUGUUAUAUACAAAUAUAUAUCUAAACUUUAUAUAUAUUUUCAGCAUGAACAUCAUUUUGGUUACAGAUCUAUUAUUUCCUUUCAUGUGAGGUUGGCAGUCUUUUUAUUUGAUAGUCUAGACCUUCCUUCAUCGAUUUCUUCUGCACAACAGAGUGUAUAAUGGCCAUAGUUAGCCUCCAAGGUGUCGGCCAUUUAUGCAAUAACUGUGUCCAAAACACAUGCCAUUUUUUUUACGUAUCGUAUUCUUCCAAGUAAUUUAAAUGCUUAUCUGUACAGAAGUGUGUAUUCUGCUAUUGCAAUAUGAUUUUUUUUAUUUUCAGUAUUAUCACAUCGAAGCAAUCGUAGUACCAGAAGUGCUUCAUAAGAAUGUGUCUUACCUACUAGGAUUGGUAAAAGUACAUGUAUGUCGGUAAUUAGUGUCUAAAAAUUGAGACUGCUGUAUGUUCAUUGCAUGUAUAGUAGGGCAGUUUCAUGAACACCAUGCAAAAGUUACCACUGAUUUUGAUAGCAAAUGCUUUUGAGUGUCUUUAGAAAUUUCUUAUACGAGUAUGAAAUGUGAAUAGUUGCAUCCUUAUAAGGUAACCUUAAUAUCCUCGUGAGAGCCCACCACUUUGUAUCUCAGGGAUGCCAGUUUUCAGGCAAAAGCCUGAAUUCAGGCUCCGACAAUUUAUUUUCAGGCCAUAGUUUUAUCAUUUUUGUGUACAAAAUAUUGUAUUAUAGGUGAUUUUCAGGCCCUCUGAUCAAUUCCAACUGGCAUCCCUAUUUGUAUCUGUGACUUACUUAUUUCUGGAAUACACGUAUGCACUGUGAGCUAUAUACAUGCAACUUAUACAUUUUUCCAAGGCCUAUCCUACAUAUAAUUGCCUUUGGUUCAAUCUUGCUUGACUAUGGCAAGCCAGGAACAUCAUCUAGGAUGCAAACCUAUGUUUGUUCCAUGUUGUCAAUGAUGAUGAACCCUCAUGUGUGCAUCAUUAUUUUAAACACUCGGUUCCGUCUGUUAACAAUUUAAUGAUAAUAAUAGUAUACUGAUGUGUAUAGCGCAGAAAUUAUGUGCAUAUAUUCUUCUCGCUGUAAUUAAGAGCUGCUUAAAUGUUAGAAAAUAGAUUUAUAAAAAGGGAAGAAGAAUCUAUGGAAAUUAUUGGAAAAGAUAUGUUUUUAGUCUAAGUUUGAACGUUUCAGCUGAUGGAGAGGAAUCUAAUUGCAUAUGGCAAGCCAUUUCAUAAUUUUGGGGCUGCGCAGGCGAAUUUAUGGAUAGUACAUGUAUAUACUUCUGAGAUAGAGACUUGUGUCAUCAGUGGCUUGCCAUAUUUGAGAUUGAUCACAACUCUGUGUAAUCUAGGACUCAGAUAUUCACUGUAUAUUUCAAUGGAUUUGUUUUAUAUGUGUGCUACAUGGAGAAUAUGAUGUCUUGUGCUCAACCGUCAUUCAGACGAUGGCUUUAUAGAUUGUUGUAUUAUUACUACUGUUGGCAUAGCAUUUCUGAGCUGCAUAUCUCAUUUGUUUCGAAACUAAAUAAUGCACAGUUUAUCGUUGUUGACUUUGUGCAAAAAGGCGAGCAGACCCCAACCACAGAAACUUUGCUGGACAAACCCUCGCUGGGUCCAUCUACACUCUGUUUGUGUUCCUAGUCACAUUCUUGUUGCUAUGGGAGCACAAGUGUUAGGUCAAACUGGACAUUUUUCUAACCUGCACCUUUAACCCUAAAAGGACUUGGAGGGCCAUGAUGGCCCCCUCCUCGACGCUUCACGCGAUAUUUCCGAAAAAGAUAGCGCCGCAAAAUUUUAUUACUUUUUUCUUUUAAGUCUCGCGCAACUUUUGAGACCAAGUUCGCGACAUACAGGUAUGAACAUUUAAUGUUGGAUAUCAUUUACCACAGGAAAGAAUCACCAGUCAUUCUUAAAGUCAAUCUUAACUUACAAACAAUUUUAUGAAACGCCCCCCCCCCCCACCCCGGGUUGCUUCCUGCAUUAACUAUCAUGCUGGUGGACCAGUCUCCACUGGAAUAUUAUACAUUGUGUAUUGUAUAUUGGUCCAGUAAAAUGACUGAGUGGGUCGGAGUGUCACGUCUUCUCUAAGAUCAAAAUAAGAACCUUGUGGCAAGCCAACAUUUCUUUCUAUGCUUGCAAAGCAGCAAAAGUCAUUUCAAAUUUGUCAAAUCAAACAUUCAACUAUCAAUUUAAAUGAAACUUGUAGUAGACUUUAGAAGUUAUCCAAAUCAUAUUGGCUUAUAUAGUAGUUGCAGAACUGUUUUUGUUAUAUUCUCUAUCCCUUUGUCUAUUCAUUUAUAUUCCCCUUCUCCUGGAGAAACAGUGUAUUUGUAUUGGUGUAUAUAUAAUAUAUGUAAAUUUGUAUUUUGUAUAUUUGGAAACUUAUGACUUAAAUGUCACUAAACAUUAUGUAAUGUAGCCUACUGAUACACCAUGAAUUCUUGGUAACACUGAUGUGGUUGGUAUCUGAUAAGGCUUAGAUUUGGAGUUGAAAUCUGUUGAGAAAAAGUUCCAUGACGCAAGGAUGAAUAUUAACAAGAUCUUGAAUAAAAAAAAAGAAAAGCAUUUCUUGUUCUAACAAUGGUUUGUUUUAUUCAGGUAUAUUUCCUAUUUUCAUUCAUUCAUUCAUUUGUACUCUUCAUGAAAAGUUGAAAGCUUCUGAAAUUUAAACUGUUUAAACAAAAUCUUAACAAAAUAUCGACCAGAAUAUGCUCAUUUUAUCUGAAGUAAGUAUGCUUCUUACUCUACAUGUUUGUUAUGUUAUGUAAAUGCAGGGGCGGAUCCAGCCUUCGCCAAUGGGGGGGGGGGCAAAAAAAUUCUUUCAACCAUAUUUUCCCAGAUCAGCUUCUUAAAAUUGAGAUUUAGACCUAAAAACGGGACAAUCUAUUCAUGCUCCGUUUUCAUGAAAACUUGGCAAUUGGGUAUCUUCUUACAUGCAAGCGCAAAGCGCGAGCAGAAUUUUUUUUAUCAUUCUGAUCUGAAACUGGAUUAUUUAUAAAGCACGUUUUGAAUAAAGAACAAGCUGUGUAUCUCAAUAAACAUGCGUGGGCGUGUGUUCUAGAUAUAGACCAGAAUCUGGGCAUUCAAAAUUCUUUUUUUUUUUUCUUCAUGAAAAUCAAUAAUGCAAGCGCUGAAAAUAUUUGAUAUUCCGAUCUUGAAAGGGUCGAUUUAAGCACUAUUUCAAGCACUGUAGGAAAAUUGCGAAGUGGAUAUGGAUCGCACUUAAUAAAUGAUGUGAGCGCGAAGGGCAAGCUGAUAGGCCUAUUUAUAUUAUACAUUUAUAUCAUUUUAUGUCCAUUUCAAAUGAAGCACCCUGUCAAUGCACCCAUGUGAGUAAAUGAUCUUUAACUUGUUCUAACAGAUCGGUCAAUUACUUGGUUAUAUUUUUGAAAACGUGUGCUAUCGGAAGUGUUGCUAACUUUAUACCAAGCACAAGUGUGAUACUCAUAUUUUGUUAUAUAAUGUACUAGUACUUCUUUUCCAUAUCCAGGUAAGGAAUUUGAUGGGAACCAUAAUCAUCUAUCUGAACCAGAAUUCUGAAAAUCAUUUGAACUCUUACCUUCAUUAUUGUAAUUGUCAUAACAGGUUUUGAAUGUAUACUUAAAUGUCUGGUGCCUAAGUUAAACUUGUAGAAUAUUAAGCCCAUUUCUCAUAAUCACUAUUGUAAAGGAAUCUGUUUUCUUCAUUUUAGUGAAAUGAGAUAAAAGAUGAGAUAGUUUCCAGAGUUUUUCUUCAUGGCCAAAGAGUCAUAUUUGAAUGUGCCAAAGAUUUUUUUUAAUUUUUUUUUUGAAUUGUUACUAUGUGAUUGAUAGGUAAACAUAAAAAAAAAUUGAAGUAGUUUUGUAAACUCUUUUCAUUUGUCAAGCCUGCUUAGCAUAGCUAAGACAUAGUCACAGCUGUUUUUUUCUGGCAGCAGCGGCAUUGUCAACAUUGAAAUCUUAACAGAGGUUAAAGAUUUUAAAAUGUCACCAAAACUUUGAAAGUGUAAGGACUAUUUCAUGAAACUUUGACAUACAAGUCAGUGUUGUUGAUCAUUUAUAGCAUGAAUUGUUAACUUGUUAUGUCAUCUUUACAAAUUUAACUGAGCUCAAAUUUUCCUAGCAAAGAUAGCAUCAUCAAAACUCUGAGGUACUGGUAGUUAGUACUGAAAAUGUGAAGAAUGCUGGUAGUUUCAUGCAAAAAAACAACAGAUUUCCAAAGUUUCAGUUUAAUGUGUUUUCCUUUGGUAUUUCUUUGAAAAUACUGAUUUUCAGCUUUUGAAAUACUGAAAUGUUCUUGUUCUGGUUGGCACCUCUGGAAGUGUAUUUGUGAUGAGCUUUUCAAAGCACUCAUUCUACCUUGGCAAAGGAAUGCCUUAAGGUACCCUAAACUUUUUCCAAAAAGAGAUUCAUUUAGAAUGUCAGAGUGGCUUGAUACUAAGAAAUGGAAAUUUGAAGUGAGAUAGUGAUACUCCCGGUGGCAAUUUCAGCCGGUCUUUUGAUUAUAAAUAUUGCAUCCUCUCCGUAUUGAAAACAAAUUAUUGAAAAAAAGACAGAAGAGCUCUUAAUAAGUGUUAUGUGUAGUUCUUAAUGUGUUGUAUAUGUGUACUUUUCUGUAAGUAAAUUAUAUGGAUGAGCUAAAAGAAUCAUGUUUUCAAUCCACUUUGAAGUCUGUAAAUCAAUUUACCUAUAAGAAUAAUGUUGAUCAUUCACAACUGAAAAAAAAUCUCUUUAUUUGCAGAUGUGUAUAUACGGUUGACUAAUUUGCUUUGUAUUGAGCUAAUUGAUAUAUGUGCCCAUUAUGAUUCUUAUAUUGCCUUUUUUGGAAUUCAGUUGUAAAGACUAAAAUAUGUGAUGAAAUCACUGUAAGUGAUUUAUGGUUACAGUUCAGACCAAAGUCAAGGUAAUUUUAAUUUCUAAAAAUUUAUUCUGCGCAAGAUGUUACAAGUCUUUUUCAUUGCUAUAUUUUUUUUUGAAAUGUUAAAUCAAUAGUUGUUAAACAAUAUCUGUCAACUGGCUGAAUUUCUUUGAAAUCCAUUUAUUUAUCUAAAAUUUUCAGUGUUUAUUUAUCAUCCUUAUAUUUUAAGUGCCUAUUUUUAUUAUUAAUUCAUACAUCUCUGCCUUUUCUGGUUCCCUCACUUUAGCCUUUUUUGUAAAGACCAAACAAAGGUUAGUUUUAUAAAGCCAAUUAUUAAUUACUGACAUGUGAUGUCAUAAAAUGAUGAUUUUUUAAAUAUUAAUACAGUUUUGAACACAUUCUAAGUUAAUGUACAUUAUUCGUGAAUCUUUGUUUAUGUUUAAUAUUUAUUCAAAAUAUCCCAGCUUGCAUUAGAAGCAUUAAACCCAUCAAACCAUAUUUACUUUCCAUAUGUGAUAUGAAUGAAUAAAUUACUUUAUCCUUGAUUUAAUCAGUAGAAGUCUGUAUUUUGCAAAGCCUAAAACAUGUUUUAAAAAGUGGAUUAUUGUUAGAAUAUAUAAUUAUGGGGAUUUUUUUUUCUUCAAAGACUUGUCUUGUGAUGAAGUCUGAUAGACAUGCUGACAAUUUAUUCUUUUUUUAUUUAUUCACGUUGUAAAAAAGAUCAUUGUCUUGAUCUGUUUACAAAUAUUGCCAUUUUGAAUGGUUCUCGUGAUCAUACUUUCAUGUACUGAUCCAUUUCCCUCUAAAAAUGUAUUGUCAUUUUCCAGAAAUUUUAGACUUUUAUCACCUUUCCAUUUACCCUUUUUACUCAUCUUCAAAACGCCUCCUUUUCAGCCCCUUCCCCAUUUAGGGUUCUCAUUAUUUUGUCUUUCCUAGUUAUCCUUCCCCUUUUAUGUUGUAAAUUUCACCUAUAAUUUCCGCCAUAAUUUGCUAUGUUUGUAAAAAUCCAUCGAAAAACAUUCUACAUCUAAUUUGGUCAUCAUUAUCAGAGAUUGAUUGCUUUCGUAUGAUUUUUUUAAAGGGAAUUCAAUCUCCAACCUUCCAUUUUGAUUCUGAUAUUUAGAGGUCUUACAUGUAAACAGUUUUAGUGACUAUCUAUUCAAGUGUGAUUUGCUAAUCUUUGGGAUCUUGUUUGUUGCUAUGUUAGGAGGAAAAGUAUUUUCCACCCAUCUUUCUUCAGUGCAUUACUAUGUUUCCUUUGUUUGUACUUACAAGUAGUUAAGUAAUCUUAAGUUUACUAUUGACAAUGGUGUAUAUACACUGUAAAUGGUGUACAGGCAAAAAUAUAUAAUAAACUACCAUUAAAAAUAUA